CUGCCCCUGGUUGCAUUUCCAUACGUAACCCGCCCCCGCACUCAGCCAAACAGAACACACGCGGCCGCCGCUCUUCUGCCCGCUCCCCAUGGAAGCUGCUGGAUUCAUCACAAAUGCCGACCAUUAGAAAACCCACCACCUUUUGUCCCAAUGCAUCUCCAUCACGAAGAAAAACACAAAAGCAAAACAAAACAAAAGUGCCUGCCACAACCACCACGUGAAGAAUAAACGAAAGCAUCUCGCCACAUGACUCGGGCCUGGCCCAGCUUAAUCGCCAUCGCCCAGCCCGCUCCCCGCCACCCAAUCGCCCAGCAUCGCAGCCAGUGUGGGGAGAGAUGGAAAUGGUGUGCUAGGCUUGUUGGUAAUAGCGCCGAACAAGCUUCGCCUCUGCAGCAUGGCCCAACUGCCUCUUUCAGACUAGCCAGCACCAUCUCAGCCAAUAACGGCAGGUCGCCCGCCCUGCACAUCGCCAUGAUAGCGCAUUGUCCAGCGCGGGGCACUCUUGUUCCCCAGUCUGAUGUAACUAUUACCAUACCAUUCUCCCUGGAUGGCCUUCCUCUUAUCGACCACAGUGCCGUGCCCACAUGGGGGCCUUUGUGAGCUUUGCCCGCGCUUGGAAGGGAUCUUCUCCAAGGCAAAGGCGGCAGAUGGCCGGUCUUUCCCCCCAUGCAACGGAAACCACGGCGCGUUACGUAGUAGUACCGGCAUUAGCACCAGGCAGUAUCUCGGCCCUAGCUCCAAAGGCGAAAUGGCUCCGAAAAGGUAUAAGAAGGCUCGCGGUGGCCCAUCGUGAAGGUGGACAGCUAGCUAGUACCAGCCAUAUACCCUCUCUUCAAUUAUUCCCCCCCCCCUCCUUGAGAAGGCUGUCCAUCAUCAUGCGCUUCUCUCUCACCACCCUCACCCUCGGCCUCGUUGCCUCGGUCUCUGCCAAGCAGACCAUUGAGCGCCGCCCUGACCAUGAGUUUGACUACAUCCUCAAGGGCAAGGACGUCCACCAGCGUGUUGCCCGCGACUUUGCUGCCGGCCACUCCAACGACACGCACCCCGAGUACCUGACCCAGUACCAGAUGCGUGCCAAGUCCGUCCAAGACCCCAGCUCCGUCGGUGUCGACACCGUCAAGCAGUACUCUGGCUACCUCGACAACGAGGCUGACGGCAAGCACCUUUUCUUCUGGUUCUUCGAGUCCCGCAGCAAGCCUUCCACCGACCCCGUUGUCCUCUGGCUCAACGGCGGCCCCGGCUGCUCUUCCAUGGCCGGUCUCUUUGAGGAGCUUGGCCCUGCCAGCAUCCCCAACAGCGACCUGAACCCCGUCCGCAACCCCUACUCCUGGAACUCCAACGCCAACGUCAUCUUCGUUGACCAGCCCGUUGGCAGUGGCUUCUCCUACUACGACAGCGCCUCCACGGACAACAGCCCUGCCGCGGCUAAGGACCUCUACGCCAUGCUCUCCCUCUUCAUGGAGCAGUUCCCCCAGUACGCUACCCAGGACUUCCACAUCUCUGGCGAGUCGUACGCUGGCCACUACAUCCCCGUCACUGGUGCUGAGAUUCUGUCCCACGCCAACUCCAAGAUCAACCUCAAGUCUCUCCUUAUCGGCAACGGCUUGACCGACCCCUACACCCAGUACGCCUACUACCGCCCCAUGGGCUGCGGUGCCGGUGGCUGGCCCCGUGUCAUCCCCGAGAGCGACUGCAAGUCCAUGGACAACGCCCUCGCUGGCUGCCAGAGCCAGAUCAAGCAGUGCUACGACAACGGCGCUUCCCGCUCGUGCUACAACGCCUUCAACACCUGCAACAGUGCCAUGCUCAACACCUACACCCGCUACAACGACAACGUCUACGACGUCCGCGCCAACGCCCCCUCGCACACCGCCUACACCGAGCAGUUCCUCAACCAGGACAGCGUCCGCCAGGCCAUUGGUGCCGAGACCAAGUUCUCCGAGUGCGGCGCCGACUCUGGUCUCUACGGCCGCUUCGUCCGCGGCGGCGACUGGAUGCAGCCCUUCCACCGCAAGGUCCCUGGCAUCCUUGCCAAGAUCCCCGUCCUCAUCUACGCCGGUGAUGCCGACUACAUCUGCAACUGGCUCGGCAACCAGGCCUGGACCAACGCCCUCGACUGGCCCAGCAAGACUGCCUUCAACGCCGCCAAGAUGACUCCCGUCACCACCACCUCUGGCAAGGAGUACGGCCAGAUCAAGCACUCCAACGGCUUUGCCUUCCUCCGUGUCUACGCUGCUGGCCACAUGGUCCCCGAGGACCAGCCUGAGGGUUCUCUCAACUUCUUCAACCGCUGGCUCGGCGGUGAGUGGCAGAAGUAAGCGGCUUGCACGUAAUAGCAGCCUUUCUUACAACACAGCCACUUGUAUAUACUGCAGCAAGGAAAAAACGCAUAGGAAACGCAUGAAUGUUAUUUAGGUCCAUACCUGUACAUAAAUAUACGAAUAUG